AUGGGGCCCUCUACCAGUUCUGGCUUCUAUGUGAGCCGCGCAGUAGCCGCGCUGCUGGCGGGGCUGGCCGCAGCACUUCUGCUGGUGCUGGCGGUGUUCGUCGCCCUAUACGGCCACUGCAAGCGCGUUCCGCCGUCUGAGCUAUGUGGUGGCGGGGUCGCUUGCGCCGCACCCUCUCCGCCUGACCAGCAGGAGGAGACGCAGUCGACCUCGCAGCCCGGCCCUGCGCGCGUACCGGCGGUGGCAUCCACUCCACGCAGUUGGCGACCCCCCGGGCCCUGGGACCAGUUGCGCUUGCCGUCCUGGCUUGUGCCGCUGCACUACGAGCUGGAGUUGUGGCCUCGGCUGCGACCGGACGACCUCUCCGCGCGGUCGCUGAGAUUCACCGGGCGCGUGAACAUCACCGUGCGCUGCGCGGUGUCCACAACGCGGCUGAUGCUGCACAGUCUCUUCUUGGACUGCGAGCGCGCAGAGGUGCGGGGUCCUCUGUCCCCGGCCACUGGGGACGCCACCUUUGGCCGCGUGGCUGUGGACGAGGUGUGGUUUGCUCUAGACACAGAAUACAUGGUGAUGGAGCUCAGUGAGGCCCUGCAGCCCGGGAACCGCUACGAGGUUCAGCUCAGCUUCUCGGGCCAGGUGUACCAGGACACCAGGGAAGGGCUCUUCCUCAACGUCUAUACCGACCAGGGCGAGCGCAGAGCCCUGUUAGCAUCUCAGAUGGAGCCCACAUUCGCAAGGAAUGUUUUCCCUUGUUUUGAUGAGCCAGCUCUGAAGGCAACUUUUAAUAUUACAAUAAUUCAUCAUCCAAGUUAUGUGGCCCUUUCCAACAUGCCAAAACUAGGUCAGUCUGAAAAAGAAGAUGUGAAUGGAAGCAAAUGGACUGUUGCUACCUUUUAUACAACACCCCAAAUGCCAACUUAUUUAGCUGCAUUUGCUAUAUGUGACUUUGACCAUGUCAGCAGAACUGAAAGGGGCAAGGAGAUACGCAUCUGGGCCCGAAAAGACGCCAUUGCAAGUGGGAAUGCAGACUUUGCUUUGAACAUUACAGGUCCAAUCUUCUCUUUUCUGGAAGAUUUAUUUAAUAUUAGUUACCCUCUUCCAAAAACAGAUAUAAUUGCCUUGCCUAUUUUUGACAACCGGGCUAUGGAAAAUUGGGGAUUAUUGAUGUUCGAUGAGUCAUUACUGUUGCUGCAACCGAAUGAUCAACUGACAGAAAAGAAGACCGUUAUCUCAUACAUUGUCUCCCAUGAGAUUGGACAUCAGUGGUUUGGAAACUUGGUUACCAUGAAUUGGUGGAACAAUAUCUGGCUCAAUGAGGGUUUUGCAUCUUAUUUUGAAUUUGGAGUAAUUAACUACUUCAAUCCUAAACUCCCUAAAAAUGAGGUAUUUUUUUCUAACAUUUUACAUGGUGUCCUCAGAGAAGAUCAUGCCCUGGUGUCUAGAGCUGUAUCCAUGAAGGUGGAAAAUUUCACAGAAACAAGUCAAAUAAAUGAACUCUUUGACUUAUUUACUUACAACAAGGGAGCAUCCAUGGCACGGAUGCUUUCCAGUUUCCUGAAUGAGAAUGUGUUUAUUGGUGCACUCAAGUCAUAUCUGGAGACCUUUUCUUACUCAAAUGCUGAGCAAGAUGAUCUUUGGAGGCAUUUUCAAAUGGCCAUAGAUGACCAGAGUAAAAUUCUUUUGCCUGCAACAGUAAAAAGUAUAAUGGAUAGUUGGACACACAAGAGUGGCUUUCCAGUUAUCACUUUAAAUGUAUCCACUGGCAUCAUGAAACAGGAGCCAUUUUAUCUUGGAAAGGUUAAAAAUCAGACUCUUCUAACCUACAAUGACACAUGGAUUGUCCCUAUUCUUUGGAUAAAAAAUGGAACUACACAAUCUUUAGUCUGGCUAGAUAAAAGCAGCAAAGUAUUCCCUGAAAUGCAAGUUUCAGAUUCUGACCAUGAUUGGGUGAUUUUAAAUUUAAAUAUGACUGGGUAUUAUAGAGUUAAUUAUGAUAAGUUAGGUUGGAAGAAACUGAAUGAAGAGCUUGAAAAAGAUCCUAAGGCUAUUCCUGUUAUUCACAGACUGCAGCUGAUAGAUGAUGCCUUUUCCUUGUCCAAAAACAAUUAUAUGGAUAUUGAAACAGCACUUGAUUUAACCAAGUACCUUGCUAAAGAAGAUGAAAUCAUAGUAUGGCAUGCAGUCUUGGCAAACCUGAUAACCAGGGAUCUUGUUUCUGAUGUGAACAGCUAUGAUUUAUACCCAUUACUAAAGAAAUAUCUGCUACAGAGGCUUAAUUCAAUAUGGAAUAUUUAUUCAGCCAUCAUUCGUGAAAACAUAGCAGCAUUGCAAGAUGACUAUUUAGCUCUAAUAUCAUUGGAAAAACUUUUUGGAACUGCGUGUUGGUUGGGCUUUGAAGACUGUCUACAGCUGUCAAGAGAACUCUUCAGAAAAUGGAUGAACUAUCCAGAGAAUGAAAUACCUUAUCCAAUUAAAAAUGUGAUCUUAUGUCAUGGUAUUGCCUUGGGAAAUGAUAAAGAAUGGGACUUUUUAUUAAAUAUCUACACUAACAAAACAAAGGAAGAAGAAAGGAUUCAACUGGCUUAUGCUAUGAGCUGCAGUAAAGACCCAUGGAUACUUAAUAGAUAUAUGGAAUAUGCCAUCACUACAUCUCCAUUCAAUUUUAAUGAAACAAAUAUAAUCGAAGCUGUGGCAGCAUCUGAAGUUGGUCGAUAUAUCGCAAAGGAGUUUUUAGUCAACAACUGGCAAGCUGUGAGUGAAAGGUAA